CUCAUUCCUGGCUCUUCAGCUCUGUAGAAUGAUGAAGACACUCCUGAUAUCCUGCCUUCUCUUGGCCCUGCUUCCUCCAGUGGCAUCUCUGACAUGUGAGUCUUGUUGGAAUGAAGAAAAAGACUGCAAAAACGCCACCACUGUGGAGUGUGACAAGUCCAGUGACCAGUCCUGCAUGUCUGCCCUUGGAGAAGGCAAACUGUCACUUUUUGGGUCAGCAAUAGCUUUCAAGGGUUGCACCAAUACAGAGUUGUGUGAUGCAGAAAAUCCCAGUGCCUCCAUAACCUCAUCAAUGUACAUCCACUACAAGAUCUCCUGCUGCAAAACUGAUAUGUGCAACAGCAGACCUCCCGAAAUGCCUGAGCCUGAGAAGAGGAAGCUCAAUGGGCUGAAGUGCCCGAGUUGCUUAUCCAUCUUCUCAGAGGAGUGCGAGGGCCAGAAGACCGUCAGCUGCAGAAAUGAGGAGGAUCAAUGCUUCUACUAUGGGGGUCGCAUGAAGUUCGGGGGAAGCAACCUGAUGAUCGCUGUCCGAGGCUGUGCAACAGCUAGUAUGUGUGACUACGGUGAGGGGUUGAUGCAGGCCAAUCUUGAAUCAUUAGGAAUUGAGUUCACUCAAGCAGAGUGCACCAAAGCAAUGGACGAUGAUGGCAAUGAGAUGUAGCUGAGGGAAGGCAAACCUCCUCCGCCCAGAAAAACCCACCAUUAAUAGAAACUGGCAGCCGAGAGGUUGAAGCAGGGGAGGUCUCAGCCUGAGGAUUUCCAGGCUUUCUUUCCAGAAGUCUAGAAGUUCCUCCUCAAGGACAGGCUGUAUUUGACUUUCAUGUGCAAAUGAAGUCAUUGAAUCAUGUCCAAAAUAAAUAUA